UAGGCGUGGCCGCGGUGGUCAGGGCUCUGCCCGUCAGUACCGCGACGGGGUAGGUCUACGCGGUUUUGUACACAGUCCGAGUGCCGUCGGGGCGCGUGCGGAAGCCGUUUGGCCUUUCUCUUGGCCGCGCGGCGGGUGGCCCCCGGCUAUGGCUGCUGGCGAGGGGGGCGACGAAGAGGUGCGAGUGCUGCAGACUCUCCGCGGAAAGAUUUGUGAGUCACUGGGAGGGGUCGACUCUCCGCACCCGCUUUUCUGUGUCUAUGUCAAGCCAAAAACUUAGUGCCAUAUUCAGGACCAAAUAAAAUGAGAGACUGCUUUUGUACAAUCAAUUUGGAUCAAGAAGAGGUGUUUCGUACUCAAGUGGUAGAAAAAUCUUUAAGUCCAUUUUUUGGAGAAGAGUUUUACUUUGAAAUACCAAGAAUAUUCCAGUAUUUAUCAUUCUAUAUUUAUGACAAAAAUGUACUACAGAGGGACCUGCGCAUAGGUAAAAUAGCUAUCAAAAAAGAAGAUUUGAGCAUAUAUUCUGGCAAGGAAACAUGGUUUAUGCUUCAACCAGUUGAUUCUAACUCAGAAGUUCAGGGAAAAGUACAUCUUGAAUUAAAAUUAAAUGAACUGAUUACAGAUAAUGGAUCUGUAUGCCAGCAGCUAGUAGUACAGUUGAAGGAAUGUCAUGGACUACCUCUUAUUAAUGGGCAAAAUUGUGACCCUUAUGCUACAGUAUCUGUUGUAGGUCCUUCAAGGAAUGAUCAAAAGAAGACAAAGGUAAAGAAGAAAACAAGCAAUCCACAAUUUAAUGAAACAUUUUAUUUUGAGGUAACUAGGUCCAGUAGUUACACCAAGAAGUCACAGUUUCAGGUAGAAGAAGAAGACAUUGAGAAACUGGAAGUCAGGAUUGACUUAUGGAACAAUGGCAACUUGGUGCAAGAUCUUUUCCUAGGAGAAAUUAAGAUUCCUGUCAAAGCAUUAGGAAGUGAUACUUUCCAAGCAUGGUACCUCCUACAGCCAAAAGAUAAUGGAAAUAAAUCUGCCAAAAGUGAAGAUCAUGGAUCUCUUAGACUGAAUAUAAAUUAUGCUGAAGAUUAUGUACUUCCAUCUGGGUACUAUGAGUCUCUUAGAGACUUGCUUCUGAAAUCAUCAGAAGUGGAGCCAAUUUCUGCAUCAGCUGCUUACAUCUUGGCCGAAGUGUGUCGUGAGAAAUUCAAUGGUAUUUUGCCACUUAUAAGGUUGUUGCUGCACCAUCAUAAAUUAGUGCAGUUUAUUGCUGCAGUGGCAGAAUUAGAACUGAAGGAAACUGAAGAAGUAAAUACAAUCUUCAGAGGAAACUCUUUAACUACUCGAUGUGUAGAUGAGAUGAUGAAAAUAGUGGGAAAGCACUACUUGAAAGUUACUUUAAAAUCAAUUCUAGAUGAGAUAUGUGAAAAUCCUAAACCCUGUGAAAUUGAUCCCCUGAAACUGAAAGAAGGAGAUAAUGUGGAAAUGCACAAGGAAAAUCUUCGUAAUUAUGUUGACAAAGUUUUCAGUACAAUUGUACAAUCAAGCAUAAGUUGCCCAACUUUAAUGUGUGAUGUCUUGUGUUCUCUGAGGCGCUUGGCUGCUGAAAGAUUUCCUAAUGACCCUCAUGUACAGUACUCUGCAGUGAGCAGCUUUGUGUUCCUUCGUUUCUUUGCUGUAGCUGUAGUAUCGCCUCAUACUUUCCAUUUACGACCUCAUCAUCCAGAUGCACAAACAUCUAGAACAUUAACUCUUAUAUCAAAAGCAAUUCAGACACUGGGAAGCUGGGGAAGUUUAUCCAAAAAUAAGCUGUCAAGCUUCAAGGAGACAUUUAUGUGUGAAUUUUUCAAAAUGUUUCAAGAAGAAGAGUGCAUUAAAAUAGUAAAAAAGUUUUUAGAUGAAGUGUCUUCCACGGAAAGUAAAGAACCAAGUGUCAUGAAUGAGCCAUUGCAUCUAAAAGAAGGGGAGAUGUUCAAAAGAGCACAAGGAAGAACUCGUAUUGGAAAAAAGAAUUUCAAGAAGCGUUGGUUCUGCCUUACAAGUAGAGAACUCACUUAUCAUAAGCAACGUGAUAAAGAACCUAUAUUCACCAUUCCAGUCAAAAACAUUCUUGCAGUAGAAAAACUUGAUGAGGGUGCAUUUAACAGAAAAAAUAUGUUUCAAGUAAUACAUGUUGAAAAACCACUCUAUGUGCAGGCAAAUAAUUGUGUGGAGGCUAGUGAGUGGAUAGAAGCUCUCUGUAGAGUGAGCAGAUGCAACCAAAAGCGAUUGAACAUCUAUCACCCAUCUGCUUUUUUGAAUGGAAAUUGGCUUUGCUGUAAAGCCACAUCAGAAAACACAGAGGGCUGUACGCCAUGUACUGCAGGUGUACCUGAUGACAUUCAGAUAGAAAUAGAUGGAGAUCGAGAAACAGAGAGAAUCUACUCAGUCUUUGCAAUCAGUAUGCCAAAACUCCAAAAAAUGCAAGAGGCUUGUGGAAGUAUAGCAGUCUACCAAGGUCCACAGAAAGAGCCAGAUUUCAAAAUUGAGGAUUCGGUAGCAACUUUCCAAACUCUUCAGCAAAUAAUAUCGAUUGUAGAACAAUUGGGCAUACAUCAUGAUAACUAUCGUGAAAAAAGAUCAUCUAGUGCUAAAUAUGGCAGUGAAGAAAACCCAAUUGUUGGAAAAAUUUCCUAACCAAAGGCACUUCAGUAGAAAUGGAUUUUGAAAGAAAAGAAUUGGAAUAAUUUUCACUCUUUAAUAACAAACUGCUUUUGUGAUCAUUCAGUGAAUUUAAGAAUAUACAUUUCCUGCAAAUUAGCUGCAUUCAUAACCUUAUUUAAUAUUUAACAGUGGAAAGAACAAUCUGGAAUCAGAUUUCUGCAGGGAUAAGGGAAACAUAUCCAUAUUGUUUAAAGAACUUAACAUACGAAAAUAUAAGUAAAGCAUCUAAAGCUGGGACGAUCUUCUAAAGAAAUAAGCUUUCUAAGGAAGAAAACAACUACCACCACCUUCAGUUGGAAUUUUAUCUGCCAGGAUAAUCAUCAGCUUCUGUGACUAUCGCUAUUAUCUGGACAAAGAUAUUCUGACAGGCGGCAAAAGAAUUUGAAGCUUUACAUUCAGCGCACAGUCACUUUUAAAACUUCCUUUCUUAAUCUACAGUAUAAAUGUGUUGUAUUUUUUAAAAGAACAGAAAUGAUGGUACUUUUUCAAAAUGUGCAUUGACAAUUAGCAAAGUUAUGUUAUUUAAGCGGUGUCACUGAAGCAGGACAAGUCAGGGAAUCUAUAUGUCUUGUUUACAAUUGGAGUGAAUAGUGAAAGAUGUGAUAUGGAACAAUUGUGGUUUUUUAUAACACAGUAGUAUUUUUAGUGAUUGGGGUUGGGGGGAAGGAGAAUAUAUGCUGUUCAUAUAAUACUGUAGCUGAAUACCAUGAGGCAUAUCAUUAAUAAUACUUUUUUAAAAAAUGCCUAAAAGUAGACGGUAUACAGUGAACAUUGCCAUACCCAAUUGUAACUAGCUCUUUUUGAAAGUCACUCCAAGCACUUUACAUAUCUGGUUACCCCAGAUUAUAAUUCUAGAUACUUUAUAGUAUUUAAUCAUUAUGAUCAGUUGAAUGAUCACUACUGUCAUACUUUUAUGAUAUUUUAUAUCUAGGAUAUUUUUUACUUGCCAAGUAAAGUUUUGAACUAAACUUUACUUUUAGAAAUUCUUAAACUUGCCUUGUUUUAUUUGUACCUAUAGACUGAUAAAAAGACCGGUAUGUAAUAAAUAUGAACAAACUAAUACUUGGGAGAAGAAAAGGCUAAGUUUUUAAAAUCAGUAUUAUAUGACAUUAUCAGAAGUCAAGCUUAACUCAAAAGAGACUUUACCUUUUCUUUACUGAAUGUGGUACUACAGAAAACUCAACUUGGGAGCAAUUUAUUAAGCACUAUAAAAAUCAGUGUAUUUCCACUGAAGUUAACAUUCAUGAUUAUCUGUUUAUUGGGCUUCUUACCUUUUAAUACUCCUGUUUACUAUUAUUUGCCAUCAUUCAUUAAGACUGCUUUCAUUGUCUAAUAGAAACAUAAAAUAGGGAUUUUAAAAAGAUAAAACUGGCUUAAAUACUACAUGAUUGUAAUGGUAUGCUAGCAAAAUAAGAGAACUUGCCAUUGAGGUAAAUAGUCUGAUCCUAAGACUGAACUAACCGCUAAAUUAAAUGCACCUAAAUAGAAUUUCUUUUUCCCAAUAGUUGAUAUCCUUAUCAUAAAUGUUUUUUUAUAUUUUUGUUUGAGACAUAGGUACAAAUACUUAUUAAAAGAAACAAGCUCACUGGAUGUAUAAAUCUAUCAAUGCAGAUUGUGCAUUUGGGGUAAAAUGUAAGGGAAACUGUAAUAAUUUAGUGACAGAAUGAAUGAUACAGAUUGUAUAACACAAUCAUUACCACAAAUUAUAACUAGUAAGUGCAAAGCAAAACACAAGUGUGAUGUAGAGGAAUGAUAACAGAAAUUGUGUCCAUGUUAAAGCCUGAACGUCUUUUAUGCAAAAUAUCAGAAAAUAUGCUUCCUUUUCCUUUAAUAAAAAUUAUAUUUCCAAAGUUAAAAUACAAAUUUCCACAGAAAAAGGGAAACAAUAGCAAAGCAACUAAAUGACAAAAAAGUGUAUUAAAAAUGCACAUAUAUAGUUACCCCAGUUGAUUACUGAUAAAUAUAUUUCAAUAAUAAUAAUUUCCCCCCUUGCAAAAUAGGUCUACCGUUUAUAAACUUGUACAGCUCUAUUUGCCCAACUAAUUUGACCUGCCAACUAUUUACCAUUUAAAAAGUUAUCAGGUAAACCCAACAAUAAAACUAAACUUCAAAUACUUUUAACCAUAUAUUCUUGUAUUUCACACACAGAAAAUUCAUAACAGCUUCUAAUCUACCAUAAACUACUGUAGUCAUUAUCUCUGAUCUAUCCAGGAUUAAAUCAAUCUUCGACUGAUUCUUUUCCUUAAAAUUAUAAGCAUUAUAAUAUGCUUUCAUUCCUAUGCCUACAUAUUCAUACAUGAACUUUAAUACAUUUGGAAAUUGCAAAUUAUUUUAGUACAAGAAAAAGAAGUAUCAAUUUUAUACAUAAUUUAAGCAUGGAGAGAAAUAAUCUUUGAGUUUUUUAAAAAAAGUGGAUCCUUGAUGAAGUAUUAGAUUUUCACAGAUAAUUCUGAAUCUUAUCAUCUAUGGAAGGAAAAAUCAAGGGAUUCACCCACAGAAAUUCUUCACUUCUAUCUCCGGGCUUCCCUUUCAAAUAGGAAACAGACAUGAGUCAGCCGAAAAUAUUCUAGAUUUAUAACUAUCAGUCCAAGAAUUAUUUUAUUCCUGUUUACAGUAUUUGACAGUAAGAAAAACUAUUUCCUUCCUGGAUUAUACCAAAUCAAUAGGGUAUAAUUAAAUGUGAAUUCCUCCGCCCUGAAUUAUUCCUAUAACACCAAUUUAAGAUUGCUCUAUUGAAAUAUUUCUACAAUAGAAAUGAAAGCUUUAUUUUGUUCUGAAAAAUCUAGCAUUUGAAUAAUAAAUGGAAAUAAUUUACAA